CUCCGUGGCUCGGCAGCAUCGCGAUGACGGCCUCCGCCAACAACGAGAACCCGAAGGCGGGCAACAGGAGUCGCAGCCGCAGCCGCAGCCGCGGCGGCGGGUCCGGGGAGAGCAACCCCAGCAGGAGUCGCAGCCGCAGCCGCGGCGACGGGUCCGAGCUCCCUGAGAGCGGCACAGGCGACGACGAGAUGACCUUCAUGGCAGCGGGCCACUUGCGCUCCGCGCGUACGUGCCUGGUCAAGUUGCAGGACGUCGCGCGCGAGUGGGGCCCUGAGGAUCACGUGGGCUUCUGUCGUCAGGCCCCGCUCCACGUGGAGUCGGCGGGCGAGGCCCUGGAGCGAGAGCGCAUCGAGGGCCUCGCGGAGGUGCUGCAGCGCGAGGGCGGGCGGCUGCGGGAGGAGCUGCAGAAGGCGGAGAGCGCGGGUGCGCACAUGCAGGUCUACUUCGGGGCCGGUGGCAAGCCAGGCAAUUCACCGCCCUGUGAAGAGACGUUCGGCCAUAUCAACGCGUUCCUGUGCGCAUUCCAGACCGCGUGGGACGAGG